CGUAGUUCAACUGAUAAUAAUACGUACGAUAUUGUUUGUGACAUUUGCCAGUACUCGUUCAAUGUUCAAAACUAUGUCAUCGAAACGCAAUUAAUUCAUAAUUAUUUAUUUUAAACAAUUUUAGAGAUUAAUCGGUUAAAAAGAAAGUGAUAAUGAAGCUGGUGUUGUGUUUGUUAGUUUUCUAUGUGAACAGCGCAUACUGCAAAGUUACCACCAUUGCAGAUGGCAAAUCAUCCAACGUAUUAACAAAUUCAUUAAAUAAAGAUAUAAAAGUAACGGUGGGUAGAACCAGUAACAAAUUAGAAGACAAAACUUCCUUCGAAAAAAGACCUGUAGAUGAUAAAGAUCGACCUUCUCAAAGCACGUGUACUAUGACAAAACAAAAUGCUAUUCACAAUGAACCUUGUUCUGCGAAUGAUAAGAUCGAUAAUGGCACAGCGUUGAUAUUGACACCAUACAUCAAAGAAGGUCGGGUAAAAGCGGCGAGGAACGCGAGUAGGGUUGACCCGGAUUUGUUUCUUGGUUACGAAAGCUAUUCAGGAUAUUUUACAGUGAACAAAAAAUAUAAUUCAAAUCUAUUUUUCUGGUACUUUCCAAUGAAGAAGGCUUCGAAUGACUCACCAUGGGUUAUAUGGCUGCAAGGAGGGCCUGGCGCUUCAAGCAUGACCGGCUUGUUCGACGAAAUAGGGCCAUUUAAAGUGAAUAGUGCUGGCAAACUAGAAGCUAACCCAUACACAUGGCUGCAGAACCACUCACUGGUGUUCAUAGACAACCCAGUAGGCACUGGAUUCAGUUUCACAGACAACGCAAAGGGCUACGUCAAAAACAUGUCUACGUACUCAAACCAUCUAUUCUCAGUACUGAAGCAAUUUCUUCAAAUAUUCCCGGAAUUACGCACACGACCGCUGUACAUCGCGGGCGAGUCCUACGCUGGGAAAUACGUGCCGGCGCUUGGCAUGGAGAUCUACAACCAUAGAAACACGCCCGGAUUGGAUAUCAACCUUAAGGGUCUCAUAAUAGGGAACGCAUAUGUGCACCCAGAGAUGAUAGCGCGUUUGUCAUCAUCGUUUUAUUAUUUUGGACUGUUGGAGAAGGAACAGUUGGACUCAGUGAAGCCUUUGAUGGAUGCUUUCCAACAAGAUAUCGCAAACAACCGUAGCGUCGAGGCUAAAGACAAAUGGGUCAGUCUCAUCCAUAUUCUGUUACUUCUAACGCACCAGAAACACGCGUACAAUUUCCUACGAGACGAUUUGGCUCUGGGCAAUUACAUGCAGUUCCUAAAGAAGUCCGAAGUGAAAAGGGCGAUACACGUGGGAGACAUUAAGUUCUCCUUCAUCAACGUGACCGUGAAUAUCGAGAUGGCACCAGAUUUCUUGAGCAGCACUAAACAUUUGUUCGAAAGUUUGCUGGAUCAUUACAAAGUGAUGGCGUAUUGUGGCCAACUGGAUCAGAUGUUGCCUUGCGUGUUUACCUCAGAGAACUAUCGCACGUGGAAGUGGGGCGGCUCCAACGAGUUCCUCAACGCGACCAGGUUCCCAUUCAUGUACAAUAACAAACUAGCUGGUUAUCACAAAAGCGGAGGUCGCCUGACAGAGGUGGUGGUGCGUGGCGCUGGUCACAUGGUUCCAAUAGACCAGCCCGGAGCUAUACAGAACCUGAUCUCGCGGUGGACGCACGACAAACCGCUCAGCAAAUGGUUUGAUAUACUCCAAGGAUCGUUCAUCCAAGACUUCGUUAGGAAUCACACUAAGGUCAUAUUUAUGUAAUUAUUUACUGUAAGAAGUACUUGUUAUGUUAUUAUAUUAAUUGAUGAUUAA